AUGUUGGGUGAUGGUCAACGUCCGUCCACAUCUUUGGCAACAGAUGGACGAGGAAUGGUCAAAGAAUGGGUGAUUUCUCACGAAUAUUUGGAUAAUAUGAAAAAUAGAUUUGAGUUAAUUACCCAACGUUUUCAAAAAACAUUGCAACCACUUAAUGCAGUUAGUGACUAUAUUUUACGGUGGGAGCCGAUUAACAGACGAUUAGAAAAUGUAAGAGACGGAUGGAAACGAGUAAAGAAUAUUUAUUAUCAAGACAAUCCCCAUUCUUUUGAGUGGGAGGUGCUUUCAAAAACUUUUUAUACCUGCUUUGUAACGGGUGUGAUUAUUGGCGGUACUGAUACAGUUAAGAAAUCUAUAGACCGGUUUGAACUUUACAGGGCUGGAAAAGAGUUUGGCACUGUUGGACAUUUAAUGCAACGCAAAAUGGAUUUUGUAAUGACUCAAUUUUAUAUGAAAGGAGCGAUAAAAGGAUUUAAAUUGGCUGCUUAUAUGUGUUCUAUUGUUUUUAUAACUGUUGGAAUUACUUGUUAUCGAGAUCGUUAUUCAAUUUUAUAUGUUCCAAUAACUACAACUUCCGUUUUUUCAUUUUUUGCCUUUAUCCGAGGUGUUGGAAUUAAUGGACUUGCUGUGGCAUUUUUUCUUUCUCUUAUGCCUUCUUUUUUGUUAACAACAGCAACAAUUGGAGCUAGUUUUUAUUAUAAAUGUUCAAUAGACGAAGUAUAUAAAAAAUUGAGACAAAAAUAUUUAAUAGACGCAAAAAAAGAAAUUGAUGAUGAUAAUGAAUUACUUCGAUAUACUCUAUCUAAAGGAAGAAAACCGGGCUUUAAACCUUGGGACCGCUACAAAAUGAAUUUAGAUAAAGAUAUGAAUGAAUUUAAAAGAAAAAUAACUUUGAAUGAUGAAGAAGAAUUGUUGAAAUUUGGAGGAAAAGAUGAGGAAUAGAAGAAAGAAAUAAUAAUUUUUGUUGAGGGAUUUUUGUUGUUUAUUUCGAGGUAAUUAGUGGGAAACGAACUAGCUGGUAUUUUAGUGCUAAUUAAAAAUUGAUUCAUAGACUUUAGUUUAAAUACAAGAACAAUUUUGAAGGGAAAUGUAGCUUGUAUCCCUACACGUUUUCUUUACAUACUUGCGAGAUCUCGAAAAAAAUCUUGGCUAUACAAGAUCAAUAUUUUUCGAGAUCUCGACCUCAACCCUCCUAGUCCGGUCUCUACUUGGGAUUCUCCUCCACCACCUUUUAGGAAUAAAUUUCAGAAAACUCGAUAAAACCUCGUCACUGAUUACAAAAACCCCUACCCAAUUUAGGAAUAAAAACAAAUAUUUUUUAGUUAUAUUUUGUUAUAUUGUUUUUUACCUUUAAAUAAAAUUUAAAAAAUUUAAAAACAAAAUAUUUAUUUCACUUCAAAAAGAAAUAUAUAGAAAAUACAAAAAAAAGACCAAAAUUAAAAAUGAUAAUAAAAAGUUUUGGUCAUUUAAAAAUGGAGAGAGAGGAAGGGAAAAUAUUGGUUGAGGUCUUCAAAAAAUUGUUGUAAUAAUAAUUAAAGAGCAAAAAAUUUUUAAAAAAUAAUUCAUAUGUUUUUUUAGCUUUAUUGGCCGAUUUCAAGAGUUUUCUAUCUUCAAAAUUUAAUUUUAAAGUGAUGAGGCGGUAUAUAAAUAAUGAGAUGAUAAACGCGAGAAAAUGAGACAAUCGAGUGAAAAAAGCGAAAAGAAAAACCGAGAAAAUUUUUUUAGGAAAAUACAAAACGUUGAAAACUUUUUUUAAUGAAACCACAAACUCUUGGGUAAUUUUAGGUUUAUUAUAGAAAGUGAACUUGGUAAA